AUGUAUUACCAAAUCACCAACCUUAAACAGAAUUGCCUUGUCUAUAUCCAACACUUGCAAAACAUUAAAAGAUCAAUAUUUGCCUUUCUCUUUUGCUUACCGACUUCACUUCUUGCUCUUAUACUCUUUCUCCUACUUUUCUACAAUGGUUUCACUGUUUUCUACGUUCACCUUCCCUUUCCCUCCAAUCCUCAGCCAGAACCCGCCAAUUUCUCUCAGGCCAAUCUUGCUGGAAAUUCACUCAAAAAGCUCCCAUCUUCAGUGAUGUAUGCAGUGAAAGAAGAUACCCCACCAGUGAUUUUAAAGACCCUUUUGCCUCUUUUGCAAAAUCCAGCCAUUUCAAUGACACCAAUUAAUCAUUCUGUGGUUUUUAAGCCAAAGAAGACUCAUAGAUACAAAGCUGUAAAGAGGAUGCUGAGGUCUGGAGACAAUUCAAAGCAGUUUUCGACAAGAAUAAGAGACUUCUUUGGGAAUCAUGGAUGUAAGGUUAGGUUCUUUAUGACUUGGAUUUCUUCUUUAAACUCAUUUGGUGACAGAGAGUUGUUUGCUAUUGAGAGUUUGUUCAAGUCUCAUCCAAAUGCUUGUUUGGUUAUUGUUUCUAAUUCCAUGGAUUCUGAAAGCGGGGGUCUUGUUUUAAAGCCAUUUUUUGAUAAAGGGUUUAAAUUGAUUGCAAUUAAGCCUGACUUUGAUCAUAUAUUCAAGGAUACUCAUGCUGAAAAAUGGUUUAACGGGUUAAAGAAAGGAAAUGUUAGCCCUGGAGAAGUUUCUUUGGGUCAAAAUAUGUCUAAUUUGCUUAGGCUUGCUUUGUUGUAUAAGUUUGGUGGGAUUUAUAUGGACGCUGAUGUGAUAGUGUUGAAGAGACUUACCAAAUUGAGAAAUGCUAUAGGAGCACAAACUAUUGAUCUUGAAACUGGGAAUUGGAGCAGACUGAAUAAUGCUGUGUUGAUUUUUGAUAAGAAGCAUCCAUUACUCUUCAAAUUCAUUGAAGAAUUUGCACUCACCUUUAAUGGAGACAAGUGGGGUCAUAAUGGUCCCUAUCUGGUUUCAAGAGUUGUUUCAAGGGUCAAUGGAAGGCCUGAGUUUAACUUCACUGUAUUGCCUCCAUCUGCAUUUUAUCCGGUGAAUUGGAGUCGAAUUCGAAGUCUAUUUAGGGGACCUAGAGAUGAGUUUCAUUCAAAAUGGUUGCAUAAAAAACUUGAGCAGAUUAAAAGUGAAAGUUUUGCAGUUCACUUAUGGAACAAGCAGAGCAGAAAGAUUGAGGUUGAAAGUGGAAGCAUUAUCAAUCAAAUAAUGUUGGAUUGUUGUGUUCUCUGCAAUUCUUCGAGUUCGAGUUUGUAA